UCUGUGUGUCUGUGUGCUUAAAAGCCAAAGUUGUUCCUUUUAGUUUCAGUGUGCCAUGGGUACUCUAACACUGACUAUGCUGUUGCUCCUGUUGCUCCUGACAUCCACUAGUAAUGGUGAUGCCCAGCGUAUUCCUGGCUUGAAGAAGGAUGACUCAUGUUCAUGUCAGGUCAACAGUAGUGUCUGGGUGUUCCCUGCCAUGAAGUUUGAGGGGGUGCUGCAGCUGGUGCAAGACUGUGGCGACUCCCUGCAAAACCUCCAGGCACAGGUGAAGCUGUCCAACGAGAGGCUUCCUGAGAUCCAGGCCACCAUUGAGAACGUGACAGCUCGCCUGGAGCCGUACCAGUACCUGAACGACCAGGGUCUGUACACCGCCCUGCACCUGCGUCAGCUAGCUAAGGGACUGAGGGAGCUGGAGGAAGACAUCAGCUCCAUACACCAAGACAAGCCAAGUGAUCAGACUCAGAAACUGACCCAAGAGAUAGGUAAGGUACGUAAGGAGGUAGAUAAGAUGCAUUUGUCAAACACCUUUAACAUGAAGACGGUGAAGGAAAAACUUCGCUCGCUGAAGAAUGGCGUGGAGUCCUGUAGGACAAUCCCAGAGGAGUUCAUAAGCAAGCAAGGUGUUUGCUCUCAACGCAUCAUGUCCAACAUCAGCACCCCUGUGAUCACAAAGAUCAGCCCGUAUGGCAAAAGCUAUACGUCUGGUUCCUGGGGUCGCCAGGCCAAGCAGGUCAUGGAAGACCAGGAGGGCAGUGGGGUGUUCUACUGGGUUCAGCCCCUCGUGAGCAGCCACAGACUGGGGAACAUCGUUCGACGCUACCGCUCCUACGACGACUUCAUGGCCUCCAAGAACCACGAGGAUGUGUCCGUGGCACCGUCCUACAGCCAUGCUAAUGCCAUCCAGGGCUCCGGCACGGUGGUGUAUGGUGAGGCAGUGUUUUAUAACUGCUACUUCUCCCCUGAGCUGUGCCGCUAUGACCUACAAACCAAGGUCACAACUCGUCUGAAUAUCCCAGACAUCGGUACCAACAACAAGUUUCCCUACUGCUACUACAACUGUAAAGACUGGACGGACACCGACUUUGCUGCUGAUGAGACUGGCCUGUGGGUGAUCUACAGCACACUGGGUAACCAUGGGAACCUGGUGCUGAGCCGGCUAGACAGCGAGGCGUUCAACGUGACACACACUUGGACCACGCGCCUCUUCAAGAAGUCAGUGACUAAUGCCUUCAUGGUGUGCGGAAUACUGUAUGCCACCCGYUACAUUGACCAGUUCCAUGAGGAGGUGUUCUAUGCGUUUGACACAGCAACAGGUCAAGACGACAACACCCUGGCUCUUCCCCUGGAGAAGAUUGAGAACGGUGUGGCCAGUCUGAGCUACAACCCCAUCGACAGGCAGCUCUACAUGUACAAYGAUGGUUACCUUCUGUCUUACCAAGCUAUCUUUUAAAGUAAACCYUGUACAUGAUGUAGAAACAGUGUAUAAUGUGAGACAAAUCCCACAUUUUGCUGUUUUCCUGCUUAUCUUUAUAAACUUGACUUCUUCCUAAAAAUAAAACCACAGCAAUGAACCUCAAUUAUUUUGAUGUUAAUAAGAGUGGGUUUUAAUUGUGUUGAGGUGCUAUAAAACACAAUUAACAGACUGAACUGAGCUCUAAAUUACUUUAUUCAGUCAAUCUUUUUUCUCAAUGGGGGCAUUCACUUUCCUUUCCCCAAAGCUACUAAGGUAGACAUGUAACACACACACACAGAUGAUAUGUUCUCUCAGUGUAGUCUUGUUGUAUCCAUAAUAGUGCUCUUGUUCCCUGAAAAUAAAUACAUAGAAAAUU